GCAGUACCCGAAUCGUUCGGCGUUUCCUCAUGGCACACACGUAACUGGCCGAGCGUGCAGAGUUGGUUCUUCGGGUGGGGACGUAGGAGGGUGGUACCCAAGUUGAAGGCAGCAACCAGUCGUUCGAAUAUGGUCAAAACACGAUCUGGAAGUAGUGUUCGUCGCGUGUUGCUCGCGCGAGGUCGCAUCCGAUAGAGAAACCAGAAAGCACAACACAACACCGGUUUGUUUACAAAACGUCGAAGAGGUUUUUCUCGAACUAGAUUUUAGAGGAAAGUAAUAGGGAUAAAGAGAGAGAGAGACAGCGCUUGUGUUUGUGUGUGUAUUAUGAGAGGUACUCCUUCUGCCAGAUGUCGGAAUACGGCGACGUCGGCGGCAAGGAGAAAAUGAGUCCGAAAUUGAGACGUUUCUUGCAGACACUUCUUGUUGUGAUCCUCGCCUGUUAUACAACGCUGCUCGCCUACCAAUCACUCUCACGUGUUGGGACACCGUCCGUCCGGAUCGCCGAAGACGCGGCCGCAAGCGAGAAGCUAAUCAAAGAUUACAACAGCAACAACAACAACUAUUUGCCUUUGGUGCGCGCCGACGACGGCAUACCUCGAGAUCCGGACUUCACCAGCGAAAUACCGUCGGCCACCGCCACCGUCAAACCACCCACAACAACCCUCGAGGAUCUCUUCAUUAGCGUCAAGACCACCAAGCAUUACCAUCAGAGCAGGUUGCUCAUCAUCCUCAAGACGUGGUUCCAAUUGGCCAAAGCUCAGACAUGGUUCUUCACGGACAGCGAGGAUCCGGAAUUCCAGAAGAAAACGAAUGGCCACAUGAUCAACACCAACUGCUCGUCGUCGCACAGCCGCAAGGCCCUCUGCUGCAAGAUGUCCGUCGAGUUCGACACCUUUAUAGAGAGCAACAAGAA